AUGGGGGCGAUUAUUGCUAAGAUGUUGCUGCCUACCAUCAGCAGUCUAGUGUUUCUUCCUGCAGCCAGCGUAGCCACCAAGAGAGGCUUCCACAUGGAGGCCAUGGUCUAUUUCUUCACCAUGUUCUUCACAUCGAUCUACCAUGCAUGUGAUGGACCAGGCCUGUCCAUUCUGUGUUUCAUGAAGUAUGAGUUAAUGGAGUUCUUCAGCGUUUAUGGCACUUCUAUCUCCAUCUGGGUCACAUUAUUGGCUCUGGGGGACUUUGACGAGCCCAAACGUUCCACACUCACCAUGUUUGGAGUGCUCACGUCUGCUGUGCGGAUCUACCAGGACCGCUGGGGCUAUGGCGUCUACUCUGGGCCCAUCGGCACAGCUGUGCUGAUGAUCACUGUCAAGUGGUUGCAAAAAAUGAAAGAAAAGAAGGGCUUGUAUCCAGAUAAAAGUGUGUACACCCAGCAAGUGGGGCCAGGGUGUUGCUUUGGGGCGUUGGCGUUGAUGCUCCGCUUCUAUUUUGAGGAAUGGGACUAUGCUUAUGUGCACAGCUUUUACCACCUGUCGCUGGCGGUCGCCUUCGUGCUGCUGCUCCCCAAGAAGAAUCGCUACGCGGGGACGGGCCGCAAUGUGGCCAAACUCAACUGCUACACUCUCUGCUGCUGUGUAUGA